AUGGAGCUUCCAGCUUCAGAGGCAGUCUACCUCUUCAUGUUCCAAAAGCUGGGGCCAGAGCUGGCGAAGGUGGGGUUCUCAUGCCUUCGUGUCCUUUUGCAGGAUCCUUGGAAGCCCUUUGCCAGUCCAUUGACCCAUUUCCUUUUAUUAUUAUUAUUUUAUUAUUUUAUAUUUUUAAAAAAUCCUUUUUACCGAUUUUUCAAUAAAAACAGCCAAUCAACGUAUCCGCAUCAUAAUCCAAUUAAAAACAAGAAACUAAAAUUUAAAAAAGGUCCAAAUUGUAGUCCAAAUUGUAAUUAUUAAUUUUUCCGGGCUCCCCAUAGUCUGGACCUCUGAAGCAUAUCUCCAAAUCUUCAGCCCUGCCUCUUUUCGUUGUUUUCAUAUUUUCCGCCUUCUGGUCUUAACGCUUUCAAGUUCUCCGUCCCUGGCUAUGCGAUUCUCAGUCAUGUCAAAAAUCAUAUGUCCUUUCACCCAUCGAAUACAGCUUUAUUUGUAAAUGGACCCAUUUCCUUGACCUUGACCUGGAGCACGGCUCCUUUAAGACCAUGGAGAUGCCCAAAGCCCGUUCCUUAAGUGCCAUAAUAAACGCGGCCAGCAGGGGGCGCUGAAGCCCCUAUGGGGACGUUUUGGGGGGAGCGGUUUGCCCUUUGCACGUGCUCCGGAGCUGCAGGCUGCAAUUGCAAGGGCUGCUAACGUCGGUAAGUGGCCUGUAAGAGCCGGAGGGGAUUCUUGCAACGCAUGGGGGGAGAGGAAGUAUGGUCGGUGGGGUGAUUGAUUGAUUGAUUGAUUGAUUGAUUGAUUGAAUCCCAAAGCGACUUACAAACAGUAAAUAACAAUAGCGCAAUACGAAAUCAUUAACAAAUCAGCAGUAGAAUAAUUGCAACCCAUAAAACUCUGUUAACAAAGCAGCAGCAACUAAGACAAAUAAGCUAAACGUUGCAGCAAAAUGAACCUCUGAGCCAUUAUUCUGGAAGGAAAAACUUAUGAAUGGGGUUGCCCUGUUACUUCAAGAGUAGCACAAAUAGGGUUGCUGUGCUCCUCCUGCAGGGAGCCUGUGCAGUUGCUUGCUUAACAGGUUGCAAUCCUUGCAUGUAUUGGAGGAAACAAUCAUUUCAUAAAACUCUUUUUUAGGGGAUGAUUCCGUUUUAUUUCAAGUCUACAUGGCCUAGCCAAGCUCAAAGGCCCUGCAGCUGCCUUUUACAGUACAGAACUAGCUGCUUUUCCUUACUGUACUGUAAAUAUUAAACUGUUAGAAUCCAGAGAAGCGUGCAGGUGGAAAUUUGUUUUUACUUCUUUCCAUGUUAUUGUGUAGUUAUCCUUGAAUAGGUUAGUAUUUUGGGGGGAAAGCCAGACACCCAAGUAUUAUCUUUUCUUUACCACUGUUAUUUCCGUUUUACUUUGUAACUGAUCCGAUUGUUCCACCUUCAUAUUUUUUUAGCAUCAUUUUUGCUUUGUUUUGUUUUUAUUAAUUUUAAGUCCUGCCAUUGAUCCGAAUUCUUCAAUUACUUUUAACGCUUCCACUAAUGAGGAUUGUGGUUCCUGUAAUGUUAAGACUAUAUCAUCAGCCAACACUUUGACUUUAUAUUCUUCUUUUACCCCGCAUUUUAUUCCUGUAAUUUUUUCUGUCUCUCUUAUGUUUUAUAAUAGCACUUCAAGUGUAGAUAGGAGCAAUAGAGACGACAGUGGGCACCCCUGUCUUGUGCCCUUUGUGAUUUGAAAACUCUCUGCCAAUCCAUUAUUUACUCUAAGUUUCACAUUUUGAUCUUUAUAAAUUUCCUCUAUGCUUCUUAAAGUUUAUGCCUAGACCCAUUUUCUAGAUUCUUUUUCAUAAAGAACCAAGACACAUGAUUAAACGCCUUCUCCGCGUCUAUAAAAAUUAAUGCAGCUUAAUUAUUUAUCUUGGUUUCUAAGUAUUCAAUUAUAUUCAAUAUAUUACGCAUAUUGUCUUUUAAAUGGCAUCCUAGCAGGGCGUCCAGGUGGAAAUUGGCUAAAUCUCCGGGAAAAUCUGGUCUUAGGAUGUUGGCUGUGUUGUUUUUGCUGAUUCCUGGCUCAAAAAGGGCAAACAACUUUGGGCAAAGCUAAAAAAACCUUGUGAUCCUGUGAUUGGUGGAAUGAAAUGGCACAUAUACAGUGGUACCUCGGGUUACAUAUGCUUCAGGUUACAUACGCUUCAGGUUACAGACUCUACUAACCCAGAAAUAGUGCUUCAGGUUAAGAACUUUGCUUCAGGAUAAGAACAGAAAUCAGGCUUCGGCGGCGUGGCAGCAGCAGGAGGCCCCAUUAGCUAAAGUGGUGCUUCAGGUUAAGAACAGUUUCAGGUUAAGAAUGGACCUCCGGAACGAAUUAAGUACUUAACCCGAGGUACCACUGUAAUCUGGAAGUGUACAAGAAACAUUGCUUUGGAUGUGGUUCUGUGCAGCCUCCUUGUUUUUGAGUUUGCCCAUUUGCGUUUCAGCAAAGCCCUGUCUUUUCCCUUGGAGCUCCCAUUCUUUUGCUUAUAAGUUUCUGGGAGAAAUCCCUCCAGUCUAGGAACCUCUUUUUAAAGUUCUCCAUCACACACAUUUUUAAAAAACCGAUUUAACAAAAAAAUAUACACCGCUUGAUUGUAAUAAAACCGCUGGGAUUACAAGGACUAUUAAAACUAACUGUUAAAAGCAGUUUUAAACGUUUUAAGGAUAAUUAACAGUAAAAGAGGUGAAAUUUUAGCUCUGUAAGGUCAAGGAGGCUCUUAAGCAAACUAUAGUUCCGGUAUUCUGUAGGGGAAGUCAUGGCUAAGGUUUUUUUUUUUUUACUUUAUUGUUUUAAAAUAGAUGCAUUUAUUCCAGGAAAGGAAACAAACCAACAGACAAACAUACAAUUAAAUAAACUAUAAACAAACUAUAAAUUGACAAACAAACAGAAUACAGUAUAAAAAUUACAGUAUAAAAGGAAGCUUCUUGGCAGAAUUAGACUGAACCUUGCAUUGUAUAAAAAUAAGUUUAUAGGGAAGUUAACAGAAACUAUAUAAGAAAUAUGUAACUGUGCGGUGUAAGAUAAUCAACAGAUAAAAGUACAGCAAGACUAAUUGGAAGUCAUUUUUAAUUUCUUGUUUUACAAGUUUUACCAUCAUUCACAUCAUUGGGAGUACAAAGGAUGUUAGUUAUAAGAAUUGUGUUGUUACAUAUAUUGCUACUGUCUGUCGGCUAAGAUUAUUUUAAAUGUUUGGUGUGGAUCUGACCUACUCAGAAGUAAGACCCGCUGAGUUUGGUAGAGGGCUUACUCUCCAGUAAACAAACAGAAGAUUGUGGCUUCAGUGAUUUUUGGCUUUGCGUAGCCUCAGUCCUCAGUUUGUUCUCCCCGGAAGAAGCCCAACGAGACGAAUUGGGUUACUCCUGAGCAAGUGCCUUGUGUAUUGCGGCCAUUUUUGGUGUCUGUGUCUCGGAUCUGCCCCUUUUCACUGCAAAUGAAGGGCGGGGCACUCAUAUCCCACCUGGGAUAAAGCUGAGGAGCCAAUUCUGCUUGCUCACCGGUUGCUUUUAAAUGCAAGCAAGAGCUCCCCAAACUUUUCCUGCUGUUUGGCUCUUUGGAUUGCAGUGGAUUGGGGCCUCCUUUUCAUGCAACUCAAGUAAGUACUUGCAGCACUCUCCUGAGUGCUUGCUAGGCUCUGACCCCAGUUGAGAAAGCAUGGACUAGAGAGAGGCCAGAGGCACUUCAAAUUGUCAGGUGAGUUUCAUGGCUCUGAAAUUUGAGCGUAAAAUCCCAGCAAAUAAGCGUAAAAGCCUUCCUUGGCUGUUAGGGUGUAGACCAGGGGUCAGCAAACUUUUUCAGCAGGGGGCCGGUCCACUGUCCCUCAGACCUUGUGGGGGGCUGGACUAUAUUCUGGAGAGGGGGGAAAUGAACAAAUUCCUAUGCCCCACAAAUAACCCAGAGAUGCAUUUUAAAUAAAAGCACACAUUCUGCUCAUGUAAAAGCAUGCUGAUUCUCGGAUUUAGAAGGCGAUUGGGCCGUAUCCGGCCCCUGGGCCUUAGUUUGCCUACCCAUGGUGUAGACCUUGCACUUAAAAAGAAAAGACCUUGAUGAGUCUUUGUCUCGCAGCCUGACCUACUUCACAGGGUUGUUGUGCAUGCAAAAUUAGGAAAUCCAUACAUUUUCCACCCUGAGCUUUCUUGGAGGACUUGCUAGCAGACAGGGGGUGACCCCCCCAAGGCUUGGUUUGCAUUGCUGUAGCUGCAUUUUGUCUGCAUGUUUCGUGGGUUUUCGUAAAAGGCAUUUCGACUGUGGGGUUCUCGCAGUUGGACUAGAUGGUCUUCGGAGGUCCCUCCCAACGCUGCCAUUCUAUGAUCUCAACUACCUUGCUUGACUGUAACUUUCCCUUAAAACAAUUCGCUCAUCCCAGUAUGCAAGAAGCAGAACGUUCACAAUGGAAAGGGAAUUAACGAUGAACCAAGGCAGAGGUUUUUAAACGGUGGCCCAGAAAUCUCCACUUACUCCCAGUUGGACCCAGGCCUGAAGGUAAGUUCCCUAGUUCUUUCACGUGAUUUUCAGGGUUCGAAACCGCGUGGGCCAAAUUGGUGUGGCCUCAGAUCCACGGUUGGGCAGCUUCCCUGGGGCAGGCCCUCUCUGGCUGUGCCAAUUCCCCCUUCCUUUCCCCACCACGGAGUUUUGUUUCUGCGGCCUUUCAGGGACUUUGGCGUGGGGGAUUGUAAUAAUAAUAAAAAAAUAGUAAUAAUUUAUUAAUUAUACCCCGCCCAUCUGGCUGAGUUUCCCCAGCCACUCCGGGCGGCUUCCAAUCAAGUGUUAAAAACAAUACAGCAUUAAAUAUUUAAAACUUCCCUAAACAGGGCUGCCUUCAGAUGUCUUUUAAAAAUAAGAUAGCUGCUUAUUUCCUUCACAUCUGAAGGGAGGGCGUUCCACAGGGUGGGUGCCACCACCGAGAAGGCCCUCUGCCUGGUUCCCUGUAACUACACUUCUCACAAUGAGGGAACCGCCAGAAGGCCCUCGGAGCUGGACCUCAGUGUCCGGGCAGAACUACGGAGGUGGAGACGCUCCUUCAGGUCUACUGGACCAAGGCUGUUUAGGGCUUUCAAGGUCAGCACCAACACUUUGAAUUGUGCUCAGAAACGUACUGGGAGCCAAUGUAGGUCUCUCAGGACCGGUGUUAUGUGGUCUUGGCGGUCACUCCCAGUCACCAGUCUAGCUGCCGCAUUCUGCAUUAACUGCAGUUUCUGGGUCACCUUCAAAGGUAGCCCCACAUAGAGCGCAUUGCAGUAGUCCAAGCGGGAGAUACCGUAUUAUUCGCCCUAUAGGACGCACUUUUCCCCCUCCAAAAAUGAAGGGGAAAUGUGUGUGCGUCCUAUGGGGCGAAUGCAGGCUUUCGCUGAAGCUUGGAGAGCGAGAGGGGUCGGUGUGCACCGACCCAUCUCUCUCUCCAGGCUUCAGGAAGCUAUCCGUAAGCCUGGGGAGCCCGAGGGAGUUCCCGCAGGGCUCCCUAGGCUGCGGAUAGCAGCCUGCUUGCCCAAGUGAGGGGCGCACUGAAGCAGAGCGCCCCGCGCUUCGGGAAGCUAUCCGCAGCCUGGCGAGCCCUGCGGGAGUUCCCGUGGCUGGGGGGGGGGAUAAAAAUUUUUUUCUUUAUCCCCCCCCAAAAACUACGUGCGUCCUAUGGGCCGGUGCAUCCUAUAGGGCGAAAAAUACGGUAACCAGAGCAUGCACCACUCUGGUGAGACAGUCUGCGGGCAGGUAGGGUCUCAUCCUGUGUACUAGACGGAGCUGAUAAACAACUGCCCUAGACACAGAAUUGACCUGCGCCUCCAUGGACAGCUGUGAGUCCAAAAUGACUCCCAGGCUGUGUACCUGGUCCUUCAGGGGCACAGUUACCCCAUUCAGGACCAGGGAGUCCCCCACACCAGCCUGCCCCCUGUCCCCCAAAAACAGUACUUCUGUCUUGUCAGGAUUCAACCUCAAUUUGUUAGCCGCCAUCCAUCCUCCAACUGCCUCCAGGCACUCACACAGGGCCUUCACCACCUUCACUGGUUCUGAUUUGAAAGAGAGGUAGAGCUGGGUAUCAUCUGCAUAUUGAUGAACACCCAGCCCAAACCCCCUGAUAAAAGACAGAAUAAAAACAACAACCAUCUUCUUCACUCCAGGGGGUUGGACUAGAUGGCCUCUUGGUCCCUUCCAACUUUACGAUUCUAGGACUCCAAUAAUCCCCCUCUCUUCCCCUUUGAUUCACACAGGCCUGCAGGUCAGACGCAUCCCUCCAGCCACGUAUUACGAUCGCCGGGACAUCAGAAGCUGCCAGUUGGAGCUGGAAGAUUGUACCAGUGCAAUCUGGGCGGGCGAGUCUUUCUUUUCUCUUCUCCGGCAGGCGCAAGGCUACUCUCGGCCGGAAGACGCAGAGCAUGCCGACGUUCAGUUCGAAAGAGGCUCACCAGCUCCUGCACAACAAGUUCGUGGUCAUCCUGGGCGACUCAAGUGAGUGAGUCCGUUCUUCUGGAGGAGGUGAGGCAGGAGGGUUGGGCUAGAUGAACUCUGGGGAUCCCGUUCAGCUUCUGCCAGGAAGGGUGGAAUGGAGAAAGGGGAGAGAGAGGAAAGCUUCUCUCCCUCUCUCGUAACGCUGGUGGACAACCAGCGAAGCAGUUUCAGAACAGAUGAAAAAGACAGUCCAUUGCGUGGUGCGUGGUUAAACUCUGGAACUCCCUGCCACAAGAGGGAGGAAGAGGAUUGGGCAAAUUCAUGGAGUAGGAGAGAACUAUACGUGGCUAUUAGCCAGGAUGGCUACGCUCUGCCGUCCACAAUAGGAGGCAGCGAUGCUUCUGAAUUGCUGGAAAUCACAGAAGAUGAGAGGGAUCUUGUGUUCAGAUCCUGCUCAGGGGUUUCCCACUGGGGCAUAUCCUCGGCCGCUGUGAAAACAGGAUGCUGGACUAGAUGGGCCAUGGGCCUGAUCCAGGAGGCGCACCUUAUGUUUGCAUGUACACCACCUCUCCUGUACAGUCAUACAACGGGUUACAGACACUUCAGGUUGCGCGUUUUUGGGUUACGGAUGCGCCGAAACCUGGAAGUACCAGAACAGGUUACUUCCGGGUUUCGGCGGUCGCACACCCACAGAACCACUAAACUGUGCUUUGCGCAGAAUCGCAACCUGCGCGUGCACAGACGCGGCGCUGCGGGUUGCGGACAUGCCUCCCACACGGAUCACGUUCGCAACCCGAGCGUCCACUGUACUUGGAUCAGAGGGGAAGGAGAAGGCUAAUUCUCCUUGUUGUGUUUCCUCCUCCUCUUGCAGUCCAGCGAUGUGUUUACAAGGAUCUGGUCCAGCUGCUGCAGAGCGACUCCUUGCUGACGGCUUCCCAGCUGAAGUCCAAGGUAGCUGACGGAGGCCGUUCCACACCAGGGGUUGGGGGUGAGGAGGUGACGCCUGCCGUAUUCCCCGGGGCUGGUCCGAAAUACCUGGCUUGGGUCCAAGCUCUCUGAAAGACCGUAUCCCCUCGUACAAAUCUGCCCAGGUCUGGAGAUCUUCGAGAGAAGCCCUUCUCUCAGUCCUGCCACUUUCACAGGCAGGCUUGGUGGGGACGUGGGGCAGGGCCUUCUCUGUGGUGGCUCCUUCCAGUCUUUGGAACUCUUUCCCUAGAGAAGCCAGACUGGCUCCCUCCUCCUCGUCCUUCCGCCAUCAGGCAAAGACUUUGUUCCAACAGGGAACUGACUGCUUCUUCUGAAUGGUGCUGUUCUUAUUGUAAUUAUCUGCAUCGGGGCAGGCAUAAGCAAACUCGGCCCUCCAGAUGUUUUGGGACUACAACUCCCAUCAUCCCCUACCACUGGUCCUGCUAGCUAGGGAUGAUGGGAGUUGUAGUCCCAAAACAUCUGGAGGGCCGAGUUUGCCUAGGCCUGCAUUGGGGCAUCUGGUCAGCCGCUUCAAGAACAGGAUGCUGGACCAGGUGGGCCACUGGCCUGAUGAUUAUUAGCUGAACUGGGUUCCACACCAUCACAAAAACAAAUGAACCGAGAAAGCCUCAAAAAGCAAAAGCGCAAAAUAGGCAGCAAAAACAAAAGCGCCAAACUUACUCCGUUCUGGAAGUUCAUUUGACUUCUGAAAUAUUCAAAAACCAAGGUGUACCAUCCUCCAGUCAACAUAAUAACCCCUUACUUGUCCAACAUGUGGUAUGCGGAAGAUCUGACGAGACGCCGCCUCCAGCACUGCCGCCGCCGCCAUCUUGUGCCCCAGCCCCACAAUCUUCAUAUGUGUGUGUGUGUGUGUGUGUGUGUGUGUAAAAUUAGUUUUUUAACAUAUCAUUUUCAGCAAUAAUUUAACACUUUUAUAUCUUAUACCGUUUCUUGACUUCCAUCAAUCACAUCUGAAGAUUUUCCAAUCUGUUCACUUAAUUUACAUUUCUUUAACUAUUACAUUUAAAUCUCAUAACUAAUAUCUCUAAUCUUUCUCUUCUUUGCAAUAUUUCAUAUAUUUCUCCUUACAAAGUUUCUUGUAGUCCUACUAGCGUAAUUUGUUGAUUACAGUUGCUCUUCAAAUAGUUCGUAUAUUUCUUCCAAUCUUCUGUAAAUCUCUGGUCCCGCAGGUUUCGAAUCCUUCCUGUCAUUUUAGCUAAUUCUGCGUAGUCCAUUAAUUUCGUCUGCCAUUCUUCUUUUGUUGGAAUUUCUUCUUGCUUCCAUUUCUGGGCUAACAAUACUCUUGCCUCUGCUGUUGUUGCAUAUAAAAACAAUUUAACGUCUUGUCUAUUAAUGUCCUCAUCUAUAAUACCAAGUAUAAAUGUUGCUGGUUUUUUAAAAAAUGUAUACUUCAACAUCUUUUCCAUCUCAUUAUAUAUCAUUUCCCAGAAGUUUUUUUUUACUUUCUUAUAUUUCCACCACAUAUGAUGAAAUGUUUUUUCUUUUUCUUUACAUUUCCAACAUUUAUUAUUUAUCUUAUACAUUUUAGCUAAUUUUCACAGGUGUAAUAUACCAUCUAUACAUCAUUUUCAUCAUAUUCCCACCACAUAUGAUAAAAUGUUCCUUCUUUUUUGUUACAUUUCCAACAUUUAUUAUUUAUCUUAUACAUUUGAGCUAAUUUCACAGAUGUAAUAUGCCAGCAGCAGAAGGCCCCAUUAGCUAAAGUGGUGCUUCAGGUUAAGAACAGUUUCAGGUUAAGAACGGACCUCCGGAACGAAUUAAUGAUGUAAUAUGCCAGCAGCAGAAGGCCCCAUUAGCUAAAGUGGUGCUUCAGGUUAAGAACAGUUUCAGGUUAAGAACGGACCUCCGGAACGAAUUAAGUACUUAACCCGAGGUACCACUGUAUAAGAACAAACCUCAGCAAAGAGAUGCCACUUGAUGAGAAUAUCUGAUGAGCACAUAAAAAUGCAAGAUGGAUGAGAUGGCAUUAUAACACUUGCCAGUUCACUCAAGGAACCAUUGUAAGUCAAGGACUCUGGUACCUCAGGUGUAUAUUGACUCUCUGCCCGAGGUAUUGUUCCCAACAGUUUAUUUUAGGGAUCCAUCCAAACCUCACAAAGCAAGGCUGAAAUUAAAGUUCUAAUACAUCCUCUCAAAGUCCAGGAAAAAACAGUCUUCUGCCUGGGCAAAAGUGUUAGUUUAGAAGGAAUUUGAGAACCAAGAAUCAACUAGGUAAAGAUGAGUAUUAAGGCUUCCUUAACAGAAGCAGGCCCGUAUAGUUAAAGCUCUGGUUUUCCCAGUAGUGGUGUAUGGAAGUGAGAGCUGGACCAUCAAGAAGGCUGAUCGCCAAAUAAUUGAUGCUUUUGAAUUCUGGUGCUGGAGGAGACUCUUGAGAGUCCCAUGGACUGUAAGAAGAUCCAACCUCUCCAUUCUGAAGGAAAUCAGCCCUGAGUGCUCACUGGAAGGACAGAUCCUGAAGCUGAGGCUCCAAGACUUUGGCCACCUCAUGAGGAGAGAAGGCUCCCUGGAAAAGACCCUGAUGUUGGGAAAGAUGGAGGGCCCAAGGAGAAGGGGACGACAGAGGACGAGAUGGUGGGACAGUGUUCUCAAAGCUACUAGGAUGAGUUUGACCAAGCUGCGGGAGGCAGUGGAAGACAGGAGUGCCUGGCGUGCUCUGGUCCAGGGGGUCACAAAGAGUCAGACACGACUAAAUGACUAAACAACAACAACAAUGUACAUUUGAAUUCCUGAACAGAUCCCUCUAUGUGGGAAUUUUACACGGGAGUUCAAAUGCAAGUUUACAGGUAGGGAGGUGGAGCCUGCCAUCUCCCCCGCCCAUGACUGAACAUGCACAUUGAAUUAUGGGAUGGGGCUAAAGUUUCCCAGGACUCACACUCUGUCUUCAGAGGGAUGCUAGUGGAAGUUGGAUUCCUUUGUGUUUUGUACAAUAUCAGAGGAUGGACGGACAGGCAGGUUCCAAAUCUUUUACGCCUUGCGUCUCACACCCUUAGGGUCCUCAGACAGAGUGACAGGGAAUUGGGUGCUAUGCCUGGGUCCAGUCACAUUUUCAGCCAUUCUGAUCUUCCCGGCUCUUCAGUAAUUUUGCAGCCCUCACGGUUCUUCCUCUCUUCCUCCAUAGCCUUCAGCUGGGCUUUGGUUUUCUCCUUGAGCUCUCGGGCAACCUCCUCCAACAGGGCUACUUUAUGGCCGCUGUGUGCCUUGGUCCGUGAAAUAUACUCGGAGUGGAGUAUGGAUUUCAUGCUCUUUAUUCAGCUCAUAGUGGUGAGGAGGAAUGGAAAUUCCCCCAGAAUGUUUGCUUUAUAUACAUUAUUUACACAAUGGGCCCCACGUGAUUGACUAAUUCCAGGAUUCUCCUGUAGGCCAAUCAGGUUGCGGAUUCACUUCCACCUGGAGCUGGAUUGGGUGGCUCCUGUGGACCAAACAGACUGCUGCAUUCUGGAUUCUAUUGUUCUAGGGCCAAUCAGACUGCUGCAUUCUGGAUCCUAUUGUUCUAGGACCAAUCUGACUGCUGCAUUCUGGAUCCUAUUGUUCUAGGACCAAUCAGACUGCUGUAUUCUGGAUCCUAUUCUAGGACCAAUCAGACUGCUGCAUUUUGGAUACUAUUGUUCUAGGACCAAUCAGACUGCUGCAUUCUGAAUCCUAUUGUUCUAGGACCAAUCAGACUGCUGCAUUUUGGAUCCUCUUGUUCUAGGGCCAAUCAGACUUAUGCAUUCUGGAUCCUAUUGUUCUAGGACCAAUCAGACUGCUGCAUUCUGGAUCCUAUUGUUCUAGGACCAAUCAGACAGCUGUAUUCUGGAUCCUAUUCUAGGACCAAUCAGACUGCUGCAUUCUGGAUCCUAUUGUUCUAGGACCAAUCAGAUUGCUGCAUUUUGGAUCCUAUUGUUCUAGGACCAAUCAGACUGCUGCAUUCUGGAUCCUAUUCUAGGGCCAAUCAGACUGCUGCAUUUUGGAUCCUACUCUAGGGCCAAUCAGACUGCUGCAUUUGGAUCCUAUUCAACUCAGUACAGAACAGUCCGUUUACACACCAUACAGAGGGGGGCUUCAUCAUCCUUACAAAAGAACUCGGGGGCUUCCGAUGCCUUUUACACACCUCCCUUCUCCUUUCUGGGUGUCUCUCCACCCACACCUUGACACACUGGACCACUUUUGCCAGUUUGGCCUCCUGUCCAUUGGCUGAUAGAGUCUCCUGCACUCGGGGCAAACAGAGGCUCCCUCAGAUUCAGGCCAGGACUGGGCAAUGCAGGCUCUGCAGAAAUUAUGCCCACAGUCCAACAUCACAGGAUGAUGAUGAUGAUAAUAAUAAUAAUAAUAAUAAUAAUAAUAAUAAUAAUAAUAAAUAAUUUAUUAUUUAUACCAUGCCCAUCUGGCUGGGUUUCCCCAGCCACUCUGGGUGGCUUCCAACAAAACACUAAAAUAUAGUAACCUAUUAAACAUUAAAAGCUUCUCUAAACAGGGCUGCCCUCAGAUGUCUUCUAAAAGUUUGGUAGUUAUUUUUCUCUUUGAUGGGAGGGAGUUUCACAGGGCGGACGCCACCACCAAGAAGGCCCUCUGCCUGGUUCCCUGUAGCUUCACUUCUCACAGGGAGGGAACCGCCAGAAGGCCCUCGGAGCUGGACCUCAGUGUCCGGGCAGAACGAUGGAGGUGGAGACACUCCUUCAGGUAUACUGGACCAACUGGAUCUUUGAAAUAUCCCAGGCAGAUGGGACAAGUCAUUGCAUCAGUAAGCUCCUCGAGAGGUCCCUCAGUUGCCAUCCUUACUUUUCCAGUUAAACACCACCAAGAAAUACUGGAAUCCAGACAAAGAUCGUACCCACACAUUUAAAGCACUUUACUUUCUGUAAAGAAUCCUGGGAACUGUAGCUUGUCCCUUCAAGAUAAAGGGACCCCUGACCAUUAGGUCCAGUCAUGGCUGACUCUGGGGUUGCGGCGCUCAUCUCGCUUUAUUGGCCGAGGGAGCCAGUGUGCAGCUUCCGGGUCAUGUGGCCAGCAUGACUAAGCCGCUUCUGGCGAACCAGAGCAGUGCACGGAAAUGCCGUUUACCUUCCCGCCAGAGUGGUACCUAUUUAUCUACUUGCACUUUGACGUGCUUUUGAACUGCUAGGUUGGCAGGAGCAGGGACCGAGCAACGGGAGCUCACCCCGUCAUGGGGAUUCGAACUGCUGACCUUCUGAUCGGCAAGCCCUAGGCUCUGUGGUUUAACCCACAGCGCCACCCGCGUCCCUAGCUUGUCCCUUAUGGAGCUGCAAUUCCCAGCACGAACCUCUCCCAUUCUUUAAGCUGUAUGUUAUAUCCAACCGGCCCCACAAUCUUCUGACUGCUUUCUGUCUCCCCUUCACCCCCAUCUGCAGGGGGAGCUGCGCUUCGAAGACGACCACCUGGUGGAAGGAGGGGUGCUGGGCUCCCUCCACAACGGCACCCGUUACCGCGAGGUGCGCCAGUAUCGCACCGGCCACCACCUUGUCCGCUUCUACUUCCUCACGCGCGUCUACUCAGAGUAUGUGGAGAGCAUUCUGGAAGAUUUCCAAGCCGGACCGCAACCGGACAUCUUGGUCCUCAACUCCUGCGUCUGGGACGUUUCUAGGUAGGCCUGUGGAGCCGCCGGCAGAGUCACGUUUAUUGCGAUGUUCUUGUAGGUGGUGCGUCCUGGGAUAGCUCAGUCGGCAGAGCGUGAGAAUCUUAAUCUGCAGGUUGUGGGUUCGAGCCCUACGUUGGACAGAAGAUUCCUGCGCAUAGCUGUCAACGUUUCCCUUUUUUAAAGGGAAAUUCCCUUAUUCUGAAUAGGAUUCCUCGCAAGAAAAGGGAAAAGUUGGCAGCUAUGUUCCUGCGUUGCAGGGGGUUGGAAUAGAUGACCCUUGAAGUCCCUUCCAACUCUGGGAUUCCACAAUUCUAUUAUGUAUAUUCCUCCCUUUCUCUAUAAGCCACUGGGCAUUUUCCAAGAAGGCAGAUGUGCAAAAAUCCAUAAAAUAGCGCCGUUCUUUAGAAACAUGGGGGGAAUCGCUGAAUAGCAAUUGCCAGCAGUAGCAGCAGGGAUGAAGAGGUCUCUUCCUAUUCCUCCAAAUUCAUUCAUUCAUUCAUUUAUUUUAAUACUUUUAUUUUGCUUUAAAUAAAUACAGAUAAAUAUAAACAACCAAAAUCGCAAAAGAAAAAUCCUUAAUAAUAAUAAUGGAAAAAGCUAAAAGAAACUAAAAAAAAAAUCAAAGUACACAGCAUAGAACAUAUUUGUGGGGUCUGCCUGGUGUUUUUACAUGAGUAGAAUGUGUGCUUUUAUUUAAAAUGCAUCUCUGGGUUAUUUGUGGGGCAUAGGAAUUUGUUCAUUUCCCCCCCCCAAAAAAAAAUAUAGUCUGGCCCCCAACAAGGUCUGAGGGACAAUGAACCGGCCCCCUGCUGAAAAAGUUUGUUGACCCCUGAUAUAAGAAAACCAGGAGGAGGAGGGAGGGAAGAUGUUAUAUAAUUGUAAAAAAUUGGAAAAGCAAUAAAAAAUUAUAGAUAGAUAGAUAGAUAGAUGAUAGAUAGAUAGAUAAAAGUGGUACUCCCCAGCCUGAUCCCUGAAAUCUCCUGGCUCGGCCAAGGGGUCUCCGCUGUGACCUGACACUGGUGCUUUCCUCUACUCAGAGAGCAUUGUUGGCUGCCCACUCUCCACCUUAGAGCAGAUUUAUGCCACAAGGUGCCAUAGGAAGGCACUGGACAUAGUAAAAGAUCCAUCGCAUCCUGGCCACUGUCUCUUCGAGCUCUUGCCGUCGGGACGGAGAUACAGGACGAUGAAGACAAGAACGAGCCGUCUUAAGAACAGCUUCUUCUCCAGAGCGAUCUCGGUCCUGAAUGGGAAGCCCGGACUUUGAAAGUCAUCUAAUCUUCCUUGCUGUAUUAUACUGUAUUGAUUAAUUAGUGUUUUUAUGGAGCAGUCAAGUAAUUUCGUUGUCCCCGAAGGGGGCAAUGACAAUAAAGAUAUUAUUAUUAUUAUUAUUAUUAUUAUUACUACUACUCUCUGAGCAGGUACGGCCCGUCUUCCAUGAAGGCAUAUCGCAAGAACCUGGAGACGGUCUUCAACCGGCUGGACGCCGUCCUCCCCGCCUCCUGCCUGGUCAUCUGGAACAUGACCAUGCCUCUAGGGCCCAGGGUGACAGGGGGCUUCCUUAUUCCAGAGGUAAGGGGAGGCGGGAAUGCGCUUCCGGGUUCUGGGAUGGGGUCCACUGUAGUGUGAGAGCCGACUAUGAUGGCGACGAUCUGCUCCCACGGUCAGGGGAAAAACAAUGCUGUCCAGGGUUGUAAAGACUGCGGAGAGAAUAAUUGGGUGCACUCUUCCCACCUUGGAUCAGCUGCAGAGAUAGCGCAGGAUAGUGUGCACCCCGGAAAUGAUCUCUUUCAGCUUCUGCCUUCUGGAAGAAGGUCCAGGGUUAUAAAGACUAGGACUAGCCGCCUGAGAAACAGUUUCUACCCAAAUGCGAUUUUGAUUUUAAAUGCAGUGUAAGGUAGUCUCUAUGGGAGUAUAUGGGAGACUAGGGCCCUGCAGGAUUUAACCUCCUUCCGCAGGGCCUGUAAGACAGAGCUAUGCCGCCUGGCCUUUAAUUUGAAUUCAGCCUGAUCUUUUAUUUCCCUUCUCUCCCCCCACCUCCCCUUUUAUGGAGAUCACCCGCUCUGAGACCCCACAGCUAAUUCUCCCCUGGCCUCCUUGCUGGCCCAAGUAGGACUAAUUCAGCCAGCUAGCCCUGAGGAUUAUCUAAUGUUUAUUGGAUGGACUUCCCCCCAAAUUGAUUUUGAACUUUGAAUUUUAUUGUUAUCCAUGCUUUUAUACUGUAUUUUAUGCUGCUUCUAUGUUGUAUUACAAUUAAGUGUUUUAAAUUUGUUGUUAGCCACCCUGAGCCCAGUUUUCUGAACCGGGAAGGGCGGGGUAUAAAUAAAAAAAUAUUAUUAUUAUUAUUAUUAUUAUUAUUAUUAUUAUUAUUAUUAUCAUUAUAUAAACCACUGAUCCUCUUGGGCUGGCCGAUCAGAAGGUUGGUGGUUCGAAUCCCUGCGAUGGGGUGAGCUCCCAUUUCUCUGUCCCUGCUUCUGCCAACCUAGCAGUUCAAAAGCAUGCCCAAGAGUGCAAGUAGAUAAAUAAGUACCGCUCCGGUGGGAAGGUAAACGGCGUUUCCGUGCGCUGCUCUGGUUCGCCAGAAGCGGCUUAGUCAUGCUGGCAACAUGACCCGGAAGCUGUACGCCGGCUCCCUUGGCCAGUAAAGCGAGAUGAGCGCUGCAACCCCAGAGUCGUCUGCGACUGAACAUAACUGUCAGGGGUCCCUUUACCUUUACAUUUUUCAUUCUGUUCCCAGCUGCAGCACUUAAGCAAGACCCUCCGCAAUGACAUAAUCGAGGGCAACUUCUACGGCGCCACUUUGGCCGGCUUCCACCUCUUCGACGUUCUGGACCUCCACUUCCACUUCCGCUUCGACCUGCGGAACCGGGUCAAGGAUGGCGUCCACUGGAACAAUGUGGUGCAUCGCAGGAUCACCAACCUGCUUCUGACGCACGUGGCGGACGCCUGGCGCGUGGUGGUGCCCAGCAGGCACCGGAGCCCGGAUGGUGAGUGGGCAGGAUCCCAGCUUGCUUCUCAUUCUUUCCACUGCAGGGAAGGAAGGUUGGCAAGGUCUCCGGGAUGCAAUUUUCAGUUUGCAUUGCUUAGUGCAGAAAGCAUUGAUCUGAUGUGUAGAGAUCUUACCUAUUCUAAUUAAUUCAAGAGGGUUCUGGGAGCUUCUCUGUGUGAAAGAAGCAAGCAGAAGGUUCGUGAUGUUCGGGUUACUCCUUCAGAGAAGCUGAGUACGGCUGGCUUCAACUGUUCUGUUAUCUCUUCUGUCAAGGUCAUGCUGACUAUAAUAGUAAGCGCAAAACAACAACAAACGUCUGGUUACGUGAAACAUAUUCAAUAAACACAAAAGACGUAACUGGCUGUACGUUUGAAAAAAUAAGAUAUACUAUUCAUUGAAUUGAAUUGUAGAUUUCAGCAGUAGCCUAUAAAGUUCAACAAAAAAAGCAUAUAUUUUAAUAUUAUUUUUGCUGUAAAAAUGUGUGAGAUUACGAUAUUGUAUUUAUUUGCAUUACCUAGAGUUUGUACUACUGAUGAAGCCCAGGACGCCGAAGCAAGGCUAAUAUUCUGGGAAUCCUUGUCUUAGACUCUGUGAAAGGAUUCUGUAGAACUGCAACAACCUUUCAUGCGGAUUGUUGGACUCUAUGAACAGACAGGUGGAAUAGACACUUUCACAGAUAUGGACCUUAUGCAUAAACUGAUUAGAGAAUGAACUGAUCCACUGGGUCUUCUGCUUUUUUCGUUGAACUUUAUGAACUACUUCUGUUGAAAUCUACAACUCAGUACAAUGGAUAUUAUAUCUUAUUUUUUCAAUCGUACAGCUGGUUAAGUCUUGUGUGUUUAUUGACUAUAAUAAUAAGGCCAGAAGGAGCCGGGGCUUCACUUUUUCUUUUUGUCUCUCUUUCCUUCUGGUGUGGUGUUCUGUAUACGGUGGUACCUUGGUUGUCGAACGUCUUGGCUCCCGAACAAAUCCGCUCCCAAACACCGCAAACCCUGCAGCCAAUCAGAAGCCGUCCCUUGGUUUCGGGAGUUGAACGGAUUAAGUUUGACAAGCAAGGUACCACUGUUAAGGUUUCAGUCUUAUUAUACGUUAUUGUAAGUUAAGUCUGCUGCAACUGGACUUCUUAUGGACAGUGCCAAUCCUGAAUGUAUUGGAUUUGUGACCAUUACGCUCAUUUGCCUUCAGUAGUAGUCAAGCUCUGCUGGAUGGAAUAUUAACUGCCUCUGGUCUAUUUUUGGGGAAUCCUGCAACGUGUAUGUACAACUAUACGUUGGAAUCUACUCUGGAUCAAUACUGAGUAGACUUUCAAUGACAGCUUUGAACGGUCCUCUCCCUUCGUUCCGCAGAGCCUGCGUGGAAUACGCCAGGGACACCUUUGCCGCCAUUGCCGCCCCGUCUUGGUGCUUCCCAACUGCUCCCCGGCCCUCGUGACUCCCACCCACCGCCUUACCCCUGUGUCCCCCAGUUUUACGACGACUCAGUCCUCGUUCCCAGCAACUGGGGGCCCUCCGAACCCGUCUCUGGAUUUCGUAGCUUUGAGGACCCCCACUUCCUGACGCCCCACAUGGAUGGUAUGUCCUCAAUCCAGCUCUUUCUCCCACCCUUCCCAGAAUCCUUUGGGGUUCUGGCACCGUACCCACCCAAGGUGGACUUGACGUUAGACCUACCUGCCCUCACCACUGAAUUUGGGCAGGGAUGCAGAGCAGCUGGUACAAUUUUGGCCAUAGGACAGGAAGGCAGGAUUCAGAAAAGGGCUGCUGAAAUGGAUCAGGGCGAUGGAGGGACUCAGGAAAAGUUACAGCGUCCGGGACUUUUUAGUGCAGAGAAAAGGCAAGUGAGAGGCAUGGACGUUCUUAAAGUUACCCACGGACCCAGAAAAGGUUUUUCCUCUCACUUUCCUGACAUUGGAACUGGUGGGCGUGCAACGGAGGAGAGUGUUGGAAGUUGCAGGAGAGGUUAGGAAGGCCCUCCUUGCGGAGUUCACAGUUAAUCUGUGGAACUCCCUCCCACAGCGACAGCCACCGACCUUAGAUGGCUUUAAAAGAAGAUGGGGCAAUUGGGCAUCAAAAAGGAUGGAGUAUGGGGAAUUGGCAAGAUUAACAGCAAAGGUUAGAGACCAAAAGGACAAAAAAAUAGCCUUGAGGAUUGGAGUAUUUCAAGAACUGCUAUAGCAAGAUGAAAAUGCGAGCAGGACUUGAAAUACGAGCAACAAGGUUCAUUAUUAAGAUGAGUAGGUUAAAAUGGAUGCAUUGAGCAGUAUAUGUGAAAUAGUAAAGGGACCCCUGACCAUUAGGUCCAGUCGUGGCCAACUCGGGAGUUGCGGCGCUCAUCUCGCUUUAUUGGCCGAGGGAGCCGGCAUACAGCUUCCGGGUCAUGUGGCCAGCAGGAGCAGGGACCGAGCAAUGGGAGCUCACCCCGUCGCGGGCAUUCGAACCACCGACCUUUUGAUCGGCAAGCCCUAGGCUCUGUGGUUUAACCCACAGCGCCACCCGCAUCCCUAUAUGUGAAAUAUGCAAGGGUAAAUAUGGAAACCAUGGAAUUGGGAGGGCGGGAAGUAGAUGGAUAAAGUAAUUUUCGGACCAUGUUACAUGCUUCUAAAUGCCAAUUCUAAGUUGCUGGAAACAACAGGAAGGGAAAGUGCUCUUGUGGUGGUAUCCUGUUUGCCGGCUUCCCAUUUAGGCAUCUAGUUGCCCCCCCCCCCAAGGAUGCUGAGCUCGACAGCCCUGAUUCAGCCAGCCUCUUGCGACGGCCUUAUUCCUUCGUUCUCCCGCUUUCUUUUUCAUCCCCAGCUGCAGCACUUCACGACUUCCGCCACCUGGGCGGCAACUCCGCGCCUGUCCCGGGCCCCUUCCCUGCUUACCCCUCCCACGACGAGAAGAACGACCCCCCGCGCUCCUGGCGCCAGCGCAGGAGGAGCCGCAUCGGUGGGCACCACGGCAGCUACGUCAUGCGCCGUCCUUGCUUCUACCCGAGAGACGAGACCCCCUACCGGAGGUUCUGCCCCGUCCGUUCCCAGCGCUAUUGA